AUGGUUGGCCAAUACUUAGAAGCGAGUAAGGAGCUAGAGGAAAAAUCCCAAAAGUUCGAUUCUUUGAAGCUUCGUUAUACCGAAAAGGUAUCACAGCUGGAGUUUGCUUGCUCUGACAAGGACGUGCAUAUUAAAUUGUUAGAGGAGGGCUUUGCUGCUCACAAGGAAGGUAUUCCUUCAUUCGUUAGGGUUGUACUAAAUUCUCCGGAUUUUGGUAAUGUCAACACCGCUCUUCAAACUGCGGCUAUCUAA